CCAGCAGGGCAGCGGGAGGAGGACUUUACCCUUCAGCAUGGCUAUAAAACCGCCGCUCCGUCCACUGAACAGCACAGACCGACCACCAGCAAAGAAGAGUGCAGCUGCCUCUGAAAGCAUCGAUCAUGAAGGUUCUCGUGCUUCUCGCUCUUCUCUCCGUCUGCAAUGCCAACGUCUUGUGGCAGGAGCCGCCCAAGACCAACCUGGACAUGGUGAAAGAUGCCUUCUGGGACUACGUUGCCAAGGCGACGCUGACCGCCGAGGACUCGUUGAAGCAGCUCAGACAGUCCGAGCCGGGACAGGAAGUGAACACUAAGAUCUCUCAGAGCGUCGACACCGUGAACCAAUACAUCGUCGCCCUUCGUGCUCAGGUGGCUCCGGCCACUCAGAACUUCAUGACCCAGUUCACCCAGCAGGCCGAGCUGCUGAAGGCCCAACUGGAGAAGGAUCUGACCACCGCAGGCACCAGCAUGCAGCCCUACGCCGAGGAGAUGCUGGCCAAACUGCAGGCCAAGGUGGAGGAGCUGAAGAAGGAGGUCGCCCCCUACGCCGAGUCCAUGGACCCCGAGGCCCUGAAGGCCGUCCUGCUGCAGAGGAGCCAGGAACUGAAGGCUCAGCUGGACCAGAGCGUCAACCAGCUGCAGAGCCAGAUGGUUCCCUACACCGAGGAGAUGAAGCAGAAGGUGGAGCAGCACGUGGAGGAGUUCCAGAAGAGCAUGAUACCCCUGGCCCAGAGCUUCGAGACCCAGCUGGCCCAGAAGACCCAGGAGAUCCAGCAGAGACUGGCUCCAUACGGGGAGGAGCUGAAGGCCAAGCUGGAUGCCAGCGCUCAGGACAUGCAGGCCCAGCUCACCGCUCUGUGGGAGACCUUCACCAAGAUGACCCAGUAAAGACUUCAUCCACCUCACAACCUUCACCUCCAGCUGCCUCAAUGCACAAAAUAUUUAUUUUCACCUCAACCAGUGUUUAUUUUAAUAAAUAAAUAUCUGAUUACGACCAAA